AUGUCGUCUGCUAACUUCUACCUUGAUAAUGACGGUAGAGCCCCAGAGGUAUCACUUUACAAUCACGAUUGGGCUGAUUGGAUCGGAUUGAACGCUGACACCAGGAAAGUCCCACCAGGAGCCCGAGCAUGGAAGGAUAUCGACGCCAUCGACUGGGGGGCAGUGGAAAUAACUUCCUCCGGGAAAUACGGAGCGUUAGAAUGGACCAAAGAUCCCGACUGGUAUCGCCAUGACACACAUUGGCGCAGUUUUGGUCCCACCUGGAUGGAUACACCUAGUUCGGUCGACAGUCCUUGGUAUUUCGACAUGGACACCCCGGUAGCAUACUGUGCGGUACAGGACGGCUAUUCCUUUGCUGAGCAUCAACAGAACAGCGUCAUCAACGAAUUAACAUUCCUCGACAGCUGUUUGGGGGAGAUCGUUACCACAAGACAAUUCCUCGAAGGUUCUCCCACACCCCCCGCCUACGACCGCGACCGAUUACAAGCCACGUUCCCAUCCAUCAUCACCUUACAAUCGGAAGGAGCUGCAGCAAAGAGGGCAGCCUGGGACCGCAUCGCAUUCUUUGCCUGGUGGACCGCCACUUGCGAGGAUUGGUCAGUAGGAGUCGAUAUAGUCACAGCUGAGAGGGUCGAACAUCUCAUAUCGAAAGGGAGGGACCCUAGGGGUUUUUUAUUCGACCUUUUGACCGACUGGCAAGCUCGCCUCAACGAAAGAUUCUGCCGCCUCAAUCCCAAAGUCCUUGCCUCCUACGCCGGACCAGACGGGGACGAAGUUGUCAUUCAUGACAUCGACUACGAAGACGACUUGGGGGAAGCAGAGAAGAUGACACACCAAUACGACGAUUUCUUCCAACUCCUGAAACCCGAAGUCACGAAUGAUCACAUGUCUUACGAGUCGAACUCCUCGUUCUUCGUCAUCGACUUUGAAGGAUGGGGUUGUCGCAAAGUUUUUUCCGACAGGGAAUGUAGAUAUUUCUCCACCUGCUUCCACUUCACAGUCGUAGGCGACGUGGACGGCUCCCCUCACGUCAUCUUUUGGCGUUUCCGACCCAAGGUAUCGCUUGACCAACAACGCGGGCAUUUCUUAUGGGACCGUUGGGCCGAUGAUCCAGUGAUGAUCAGGGAACGAUUUAAAGGAGUCUUUGCCCCUACUCCCUCUCGCCUUUUCCACUCCGAACUGGGCACUCCUCUACAACCCUCUUCGGACGGGCGGAGUUCCACCUCUAUAUGUCAGGCCCCCCUCAAAUCGAGUUUACCAUCCUUGAGCAGCCGCCUCUCCGACAACCGUUGGGCAGAGAGCUCCUCUCCCAACAGCGCUUCCACCAACGACACCCUGAGUCUCCUAGCUCGAAUGACCCAUCAGAACCCAACCAUGAGGAGGAUUCCCGUUCGUCAGGUAUCACGAGUGGAGUCGUCAGAAUCUGACUCCAGGGGCACCUCCAGGAGUCGUAGCUCCCAGAGUCGCCAACGUUCUAAGUCACCCGGACCACGCCAUGACCGUCAUUCAACUGAGCCAUCCGAAUCCUUCAGGUUAGCGCUAUCAGACGCCAUGGCUAGGUUUACAUGGAAAGAGAGGCCGGAGAAGUUAGCGCUACUCGCUACCUCGGACCAAAAGAGCAACCUCAUCUACCAACAUGCCUUCUUAUGCAUACCGGAUUGGAAGUCACAAGCUCGCAUGCGCUAUUACGCUAGUUGCCGCCCGGAAGUCUCCAGUAUCCGUCAAGUCAUAGAUAUAGCAGUCGUCCAUCGGCUAGAGUUCUCCCUAGCCAUACGGGUCUCGGAGGUGAACCUUUUCGCCCCAGUGGAAGUAUCAGGCCUCGAUCGGAUGGGCAUCAAAUCCCUCUAUCAACCCGGUUUUACCGAGCCAUCUUUCUCCUACACGAAAGGAACACCAGCUGUCUUCGCCAACGCCUACUUAGCAAAGAUCAACGACAUCCUUCGUCGACCGCAUGCGCGAGCCUUCAUAGGCAUGGGAGGGCCGUACAGUUGGAUUGCAGAACGAUUCGGAGGGCCUUCACUCGUCAAAGCCUUUUUGUCAGAACCCUCUAUUCAGGUUACCAGACACCUACUCGGAAGAUCGGACUCUCAUGAAGAAAACCCCAUAGGAUUACAGUGGGACCAGGUCUCAGCACAAGAAGGAUCCUUCCUCUUUGGGUUCAUACCCAGUCAGGACUCAUCUUCCCCUGAACGCUAUCUCUUCCCUCCCCCACACUACCUGAGGGAGCUGUGCGACCACUGGAACGGAGACUGGAACGAGGUCAUGGACAAGAUAUUCGCACGCAUAGCCGACGACAUUGAGAAAGGCAAAGCUGAACCUCGGGAAUGGAGCUGGUGGAGCAGCCACUUACGAAACUAUAACCGACUACCAAAACCUAUCAACCCAAAGUUCACCGAUACAGACGUCGAGGAUGCACGACGAGUCAUAUGGCGUGCACACCUGCCUAGGACCUGGGAUCGCAUGCUUUUGAAGUCAAUCAGAGUCCCCGAACACCUUGUUCUCUAA